GACCUCUCUCCGAACGAAUCCGGAUGCCUUUUCUAUAGACGUACUCGACUACACACGCAAUCCUCCUACUCCAGAUCAGGUACAGCUUAUUUCCUCGUACUUGAAUAGAUCGGCCAAGAGUGAAGUUGGAAAUGCGGCAAAAGGCGGUGAUGAUACGAGCACCGCAGAGGAAGUCUUGCGAGGGGCAAGAAAUCAGCUAGAGACGGAUAAAAAGCCAGUACUGGUUGAUUGGCAGACUGGUAGAGCCAUCUUUGCUGGAGAGGAGCAAAGCGUAGAAAGGUUUUUGGAAGAAGGGGGAUACUUGAAAAGCACGAAAAGGGAAGAAUGA